GAUGACAAUUAGUCUCGUUGUGAAUUACAAUGGUGUUGUUUCUGAAAGAACCUUGUGGAAUUUUUUGCGUAUUUUUAACGUACAUUUGUGUUUUAUAUGCAGAUUAUUGCAUGAUUAAUCAUGUGGUCAUCCCUACUUUGUCAAACAGUUUUUGGGGUUUGUCAAAUGUGCUGAUUUUCAACAUUCUAAUUCUACUAUUAGUUGUUUCUCAUUUUCAAGCAACUACAUCUGAUCCAGGAAGAGUUCCAUUACCAUGUACAAGUCUUGACUUCUCAGAUAUGCAUCAAGCGGCCUCACAAGUUAAGGAUGAAAAUAAGUGGACUGUAUGUUCUCGUUGUGAAACAUACAGACCACCAAGAGCUCAUCAUUGUAGGAUAUGUCGUAGAUGUAUUAGAAAAAUGGACCAUCAUUGUCCUUGGAUAAAUAACUGUGUUGGUGAAAGGAAUCAAAAAUAUUUCGUGUUAUUUCUAAUUUAUACUGGUCUUACAUCGAUACACGCUAUAGUCUUGUCGUCAGUUUCUCUUUCCUUACCUUGUAUCGAUUGUUCAGAAAAAUAUGCAUUUAAGACUCGACAAUUUUUUGUCAUAUCGUUGAUUCUAGAAGGAUUGCUAUUUGGAUUGUUUGUUAUGGUAAUAUUGUGUGACCAAUUUUCAUCGAUUUGUAAUGAUACUACUGCCGUAGAGUAUGUUCAAAAAAAAGGCUCUCAACGUAACAAAGCAUCGAGAAAUGAACUUCUAAUGGAAGUGUUUGGGAAAGGUCCUUUAUAUAUGUGGUUUCUACCAUGCUUUGCUCCCGAAUAUUCGUCAAAAUAUGAUAUGGAUACUUCAUUUAUAAUGUAAAAAUAUUUCUAAAGGAUUAUAUCAUAAAAUCGACGGUUCUUGUUACAAGGAUGUCUUUUGGUCAAGGUUUCUUGACUUGUGACCAUGAUCGUAACGGUGUGUUCUUUUCAAAAAUAAAUGUUAACAUACGUAUGUAUAUAGUACGAACUACUGCUUGCUUUAGCUUGCUUGCAGUCUUUAACAAUAUUUAUGGAAUCGUUAAUUACUUUAGCGUAAAACGUCGAUUUUUUAACGUGAAGAUAAAAUUUCAGUCAUUUUGAGAAUAUAACUAAUGCCACUUCUAAGGUAGUUGUAAAUAUAAUAUCCAUGUAGCACUUCAUACUGCAAACCAUGUCAGCUGUAAAUCUCCUAUUACUUUGUGAUGUUUCAUUGUGGAAUUAGCAAA